AUGCCAAUUGAACUCGACAUUCUACGCGGAAUCCGAACUUUCGCCACUGUCAUCGGAACUAGUGCAAUACUACUUUUUAUAUUCACCGUCACCGUCAAUAUAAUCACCAUGUUUCCCAAAAGAGUCAAUCCUGAUAAGCGCAAAACGCGUCCUUGGGAACCUACUGCCGCUGUCAGAAUAGAUGAGUUGGCAGAAGCAGGACAAGCGAUAGUCAAUCAAAGUAGACCCAAAAGAGUUAAAAGAUAUGAAUCCAAUGAGGGGUUCGUGCUAGAUUAUAAUCGUAAUCGUCAAAGUGCACAAAAAUAUAGGGGAAAGGGAAAAGCUUUUACUGAUGUUGGAGAGAUUGGGAGGAGGCAAUUGGAGCCUCUUUCGAGAUUGCGACCGACACCCCUUUCGUUGUGGUCAGAAAAAAGGAAGCCGCCACCUGGAGGUCCAUCAGGAGGUCCAUCAGGUUCCCCCGGUCCUCCAUGUCCAGGUGCUGGAGGAGGUGGAGGUGGAGGAGGAGGAAGUGGGACAGCAACUGGUCUACCAGGACCCUCAGGAACCUCAGCUCCAGGUGCUGGUGGAGGCAUAACACCUGCAGCACCAGGUGCAAUAGGAGCAGGCAGAGGAACAGGAAGACCGACAGGAUUCGCACCACCAGGAGGUGCAACAGAACCAGGCAGAGGAACAGUAACAGGAACAGGAACAGGAAGACCGACAGGAUUUGCACCACCAGGAGGUGCAACAGGACCAGGCAGACGAACAGGAAUACCGACAGGAUUCGCACCACCAGGAGGUGCAACAGGUCCUUCGGGAUCCGGCACAGGAAUAGGAAGCGGGACAACAUCUGCGCCGCCUGUGACUUCAGGUACAACUUCCUCGGCGUCUACCAGACCAGACUCCGGUGGAAUAUCUCAGCCCUCGAUACCGCGCAAUAUAGACUUUUGGAUACAAUGGGAGGCGGGAAACAUUGCUUGGGCAAAGGCACUUGCCCGUGAAAGGCAACGCGAUAUCGGUAUCAGUGCUGAUGAGCUGCUGAGAUCAUUCACAGUACUAGAUCUGCCUAUCUUCUAUAAAAAGUUCUCUGAACAAUUCAUGAGCGAUCCAGCUCAUAAGAACGAUCUAGCCGGAGAUACUGGUCAUCCUCACUGGUUUUUCGAAAAUAUGUCGAAGGAAUAUUAUGGUAUCCAUCCUGGAUCUUACAAAGUGCCUUCCGAGGAAGCAUUCGAAAAAGCCAGGAUCGAAAGGACUACCAAGGAAGGACAAGAGGCUAUAAUCCAAAGGGCCCGCGACUCACUAAAACACGCCCAUCAGUUCAGCCAAAGAGUAAAACCAACUCCACAUGAUACACAUCCGCUGCCUACACCGACGGGAACCAUCCCCGUCCCGGGAGCGCCUGUACCUAAUACUUCAAUAAUUACUCCUCGCCCAGGAGCCAAUACCACUGGAGCCUCAGGUAUCGCAGGUAUACUUGCGGAAAUCCGAGCCAAACCCAAUCCAGCAUCGAAGCCCCGACCAGUCGUGUCCACAUCUGGAAAUACUACGACAGGAAAAUUUCCAUCUCAGGAUGAGCAAGCAGUUGCAGAUUAUCUCGACAGCUUGAGACUAGGGCUAAUCACGGGUUCAACGAGUCAACCAGAUGUCAAAACUACAACUGCACCGGUCGCCAUCAAUCCGUUCGCAGUCGCCCCUAGACCUCCCCAAACAUCCAGGCCAACGGUAUCUACUCCAGCGGCCCCUGCUACAUCGGGCGGGGGGUUAGUCGGAGGUUUAGUACAUGGUCUUAUCAACCCUUCCAGUAAUGCUGCUGCUACUGCUGAAGUACGAAAAGCUUUUGGUCCGCCAAAUGAUCUCAUCGUUCUUCCUCCCACAGUCAAGCAAAAUAUUCCAUUUCACUAUGUUUCAGAUUUACAUCUCGAGCAGACGAACUAUAUAAAUUUUGACUUCAAGCCGCGUGCUCCGUAUUUGAUCCUUGCCGGCGACAUAGGGAAUACUGAUAAAGGAAGCGAGACUAAAUAUCUGCAGUUCUUAGCUAGAAUGUGUGCUAAACCAGAACUCAAACGAGUUUUCCUCGUAGCUGGAAAUAGAGACUUCUGGCCAUCCAGUAGUAAUACAGUGGAAGGGACAUUAGAAAUGCUUAGAGGCUUUGGAAGACAUCCAGAUACAUUAGGAAAACUGGUGUUCAUGGAGAACGAUCGCUUUGUCAUUGAAGAGAAUGGAGGCAAGGUUGUGAUACUUGGCUGUACGUUGUGGACUGAAAAGCGGAAAGGUGGAGGUCGUGAGCCGAGUGAUCAGAAUAAUGCGCAAAGAACGACAAGGCAUCACGCAUCUUGCGAUUGGAUCAGGAAAAAAACCCAAGAAAUUAGAGACGAUCCCAAUGAAGCUGAAACGCGCAUACUCAUUAUAACGCACAUGCCACCUUCUAAGAGCGGAACCUCACCUCCUGAACAGACUGCAAAGAAGCUUCGUGACUUCAAUGAUGGAGAUAGCCAUGGCAGUGAUGUUAUUGAUGGCUGCAAGGGACAUGGCUAUGAUCAUAGUUCGAUUAAAACUACAAUGCCUCUCUUGGACUGGAGAGACGUUUGGAUUUGGGGCCAUACACAUUGGAACGAGCCGCGUUAUGGGAAAACUAGGCAUGGUGGAAUGAGAUUCGAAUCUAACCAAAGGGGAAAUACUAGUGGGGUCCCCAGAGACUAUCACCCCAAACCACCGGGUGCUUUUAAACCAGAAAAAAUCAUCAUGGUUUGA